AUGUCAUGUGGGACACUGUCAAAUGAUUUGCAGAAGUCAUCUCAGUAUCCUGUGGAACACCCAGACAAAUUCCUCAAAUUUGGUAUGACCCCAUCAAAAGGGGUUCUGUUCUAUGGGCCACCUGGUUGUGGUAAGACACUCCUGGCCAAAGCCAUUGCUAAUGAAUGCCAGGCAAACUUCAUUUCCAUCAAGGGGCCGGAAUUGCUCACCAUGUGGUUUGGUGAGUCUGAAGCCAACGUGCGUGAGAUCUUUGACAAAGCCCGCCAAGCAGCCCCGUGUGUGCUCUUCUUUGAUGAGCUGGACUCCAUCGCCAAGGCCCGAGGUGGGAAUAUCGGUGAUGGCGGUGGUGCUGCAGAUCGUGUCAUCAACCAGAUUCUGACCGAGAUGGACGGCAUGUCCACCAAGAAAAAUGUCUUCAUCAUUGGUGCCACCAACAGGCCAGACAUCAUUGACCCAGCCAUCCUGCGCCCUGGCCGCCUGGAUCAGCUCAUCUACAUCCCCCUGCCUGAUGAGAAGUCCCGGAUUGCAAUUCUUAAGGCAAAUCUGAGGAAAUCACCAGUUGCCAAGGACGUUGACCUGGAUUUCCUAGCUAAGAUGACCAAUGGCUUUUCGGGAGCUGACCUGACAGAAAUUUGCCAGCGUGCCUGCAAACUGGCCAUCCGUGAAUCCAUUGAGAGCGAGAUCAGGCGAGAACGUGAGAGGCAGACAAACCCUUCUGCCAUGGAGGUGGAGGAGGACGACCCAGUUCCCGAGAUACGCAGGGAUCACUUUGAGGAGGCCAUGCGCUUUGCUCGCCGCUCUGUCAGUGACAAUGAUAUCAGGAAAUACGAGAUGUUUGCACAGACCCUACAGCAGAGCCGUGGCUUUGGCAGCUUCAGGUUCCCGUCAGGCAACCAGGGCGGUGCCGGUCCGAGCCAAGGCACAGGAGGUGGCAGCGGGGGCAACGUGUACAGCGAAGACAAUGACGACGAUCUCUAUGGUUAAAUCUCAGCUUGGUGGAGCAGCUCCACAUCAGGCCACACUGUACAGCAAAAAAAUCCAAUGUUCAGUGGACUGUUAGCUUCUUCAUUUUUCAGUCAGAACAGUGUAGCUGCAUACCAGACUUUGUACAGGGAAUAUUUUCUGCAAACACAAAUCCAGAGUGGUGUUCAGUUGGGAGGCAGUGAAUUAACAAGGAGGGGAACUGACUUAAUUUCUGAGAAAUUUCUGUUCUAGUUUAUGUGGCAGAAUCAGCAGCUUUAGUAAAGAAUAUAAUGCUAGCCUGUAUUAAAAAAAAAACCACAAAAAUGAUAAAAAACAAUAAAAAUCCCACAACGCUCCUUUGUG